UCGAAUAUAACUACCGUUUUAUCAUUGAAAUAACAACUCGCGAUCGAGUUCUCGACCGUCAUUGGCGUAGCCCCUCGAUUUCGCUGAAACGAGCAUUCGCCAAAAUCAGCAAGCACUCAGUGCGCCACGUGGAAGAGCGAUUUUCCGAAUUCCUGAUAUUCACUCGACGUCGCCCGCGUAUCUUUUCGAGUAUGUUCGAGAAUCCGCGCGUGUAGAUACUUGUUAAACCGGCAUUGCCGCCGCGGGAAGCGUUCCGUCUACCAAAAUGUGCUAUUAAGAUGACGAUAUCCGGAGACCAUAACGAUAGAAAUCGAUGAGAUUGAGAUCUCCUGGCUGUUGGACAAAAAUCUAGUCGAUCGUUUUCCCAGAGCGCAAGCGAAUUUUUCUGAGAGAGGUGAUCGUUCUUAACGACACUGACACGGCGACAAUAUGACGCGUGCAUUGAACUGCCUUCUCGUGACGCUGUGCAUCGCGCACAUGGCGAUCGCGGAGAACGAGUCCAACAUCCUCAAGCUGAGCAAACCGCAGAAAAUCGCGACGAUCAAGGCUAUGGCGGAUUCUAACGCGACGGAACACGCGGAGGGCAAGGACGAGUCGAGGAAGCGAGCGUCCUCAGUCGCCUUCAACAAGAACAAUCCGGAGUUGGACUGGAAGAACUACUUGAAAACGUUCGACGAAAGCGAGGAGAAGCACCGGGAUUUCGACGUGGAUUUCAUGAAGGAGAAACUCGAAAGAACGGCCAACAGUAUACAGUGGCUCGCCGAUCUUUACGAUCCUCUCAGAUGGGUCAGAGUGCCCGGGAAAGUUCAGCACGAAUGCAAGAGGGAUAUGGAACGGUUCCUCGACGCGCUGAGGGACGGAAAACUUUGGGCUGCGAAGAUGUCGGACGCGAGCGGCCGCUAUUCCUCGCAAUUCUAUUUUGGUAACGACUUCUGGCUGGGCUCGAGUACCCUCUGCAGGGAGCUCAAUGUCACCCACGAAAAAAACGCGAGGGGAAUCGACGACGACGAGGCGGAAGGAGAGGGAGAAGAGGAGGAGAGCCGGCAGUCACCCUUUCCCUUGAGGUUUCACGUCGCGAGGCUGUAUCUAACGCUGCCGAAGGAGGUCGAUUUUUCAACACGUCAGGUGUUUCUGGGUCUCUGCCUGCCAGGUACAUGUGACCGCGCAUCUCUGACCUCGAUGCUAAGAGCCAGCGCUGAUAGAGUCGAGCGCGAGGGCAAUUCGACCUAUCGAUCGAGCGGCCCGAAGAUUCACGUGGUCACGGUGAAGCCCGUGCCGUCUAGCAAUUACUGCGCCUGGCGGGAUCCCAAAUUUUACGUGCUCUCGGCCAUCGGCGGCGCGAUACUGUUACUGAUGAUUUGCGCGACCGUGUACGAGUAUAGAUCGUUUUCCCCGGUGAAGGACACAGAGUCUUCGAGCACGUCGAACAACAACGACAAAACCAAUGAUUUUAUGGACAAGAAUCUCAACGACGAACACAGGAUCGCGAUGGGGCCGGAGAACGGGCAGGAGCUGAUCGAGAAGGGAGCGAAGCAUCCGCAAAAAGAGAGCCCGAUCCAGAAGAAGGAGCGCGAGGAAGGAUUCUGGCUGAAGUGUCUGCUCGCGUUCAGUCCCACCGUCAACGGAAGCAAGAUCAUUAGCACGGAGCCCGCGGCCAAGGAUAAUCUGACCUGCCUGCAUGGUUUGCGAGUACUAUCGCUGGGAUGGGUCGUCAUGGUGCAUACGUAUCUCCAAGUCUUCUCUAUCGCCGAGAACAAGACGCUGCGGACGGUCACCGAGAGGAACUUCAUGUUCCAGACCAUCAGCAACGCCACCUUCUCCGUCGACACUUUCUUCUUCAUCAGCGGCCUGUUGGUGACUAUACUGUUCUACCGAUCCUUGGGCAACCUCGGCAACGAGAAGGGAAGCUUCUUGAGGACGAGCUCCACCAAGUUCAUUAUAAUGAUCUUAUAUCGAUUCGUUAGAUUGACGCCGGCUUAUCUCUUUGUGCUGGAGAUGAACGAGAUCAUAAAGCAGGCUCAAGCGAAAACAGUCUUUUCGCCCAUUAUUAUCGACCACCUGAAUUGCGAGAAGUUCUGGUGGCGAAACGUCCUUUACGUGAACUCGCUGUAUCCACACAGGGAAAUGUGCAUGUUGUGGAGCUGGUACUUAGCGAACGACACUCAGUUUUACGUCCUUGGAAUAUUCCUUCUUUUGCUCUCGGUAAAGUAUUUCAAGACCGUAGUCGCCAUCGUUUCGUUGCUGAUCGCCUCUUCAUGGUUCACCACGUUUUCCAUAGCCUACAGCAACGAUUACAUAGCGAGAAUCCAGGAACCGUUCGCGCUUUUCGACGAGCUCUACGACAAGCCCUGGUUGAGAGCGGGACCGUAUUUCAUCGGCACGAUCACCGGCUACAUCCUCUUCAAAACAAAAUGCCAGCUGAAGCUGCCGGUGGGAGCGGGACUGAUCGGCUGGACGUUGUCCGCGAUGAUCAUGUUCUCGGUGGUGUACGGCCUCUACCCCGGAAAUCUCACGGUGCUAACGAGCUCCGUGUACGCAGCCUUGGGUCAUACCGCGUGGGCAAUGGCCGUGGCUUUUAUCGUGAUCCAAUGCUGCACGGGCUCAGCACGAAUGAUCAACGGUUUGCUCUCACUUAGGCUAAUGUAUCCUCUCUCGCGGCUCACGUACUGCGCCUAUCUGGUGCAUCCCGUUAUCAUGACAAUCACGAGUACACAGAUGGACGGGCCGCUGCAUCUUCACAAUGGAAUUGUGCUCAUCAUCUAUUUCGGUAACCUGGUAGCGUCGUAUCUCCUGUCGUUCUGCAUCUCCCUCGCCUUCGAGGCGCCGGUGGUGAAUUUGUUGAAAAUUGCAUUCACCUCGAAGAAGAGGGCGAGGUAGAAUACGAUCGCCCGCCUGAUAGAGGAACAAAUGCGAUUAUCUAGCGCGGUAACGACGUUUUUCCGGAUUUCAAUCCCGACCAGAGGAAGAUGAGUAUCGUCGAAUACUUUUCUGGGACGUAUUAAUGACCACAAAUCGCCGAUAUUCAAUGGAUCGUGAUAAUUCGGUGAUAAACCAUCUCACUGAAGCGAGUCCCGACUCUCUCUAACGUUAGAACACUCCUCCCAAGCGUAGAAAACUAAUUCGCUCACAAAUCGAUCAUUGUGUCACGUCAUAUUAAUGAGAAUAAAGUCAAAUAAGUUUUCUAAUUGUAGCGAACGGUCGUUUCGAAAAUAAUACGACGCGAUCGAUCCGGGAAUUCAUUAGAUAUUAAGGUAAAAGUACAAAUUCUCGGACACUUACUUAAUCCAGAACAUUUUUCUCAUUUUAAUAUUUAAAUUCGAAUAUUUAUGUCCUCAACACAGAAUACAUAUUGAAAGUUUGAAUAUAUUCAUAUUAAAAAACAAUAAGAAUUCCUAGGAUCAGGCACGCAUUCGAAAAAAUAUUUUGUUGGUCCAAAUAGAAUUUUAAAUGUCACAGUUAAAAUUGAUUACUGUUUCUGAUGUCUGUUAGAAAAUUAUCUGUGAUACGUAGAAUUUACAGCAGCAGCAUUUAAUGCAAUAUUUGCAAACAAAUUUAGGGGGGAAUGAACAUUAUGCGCUCGUUUGUCUCUCGUUGGUAAUCUUUCCUGUCUACUACUUUUCCAAGAAGUGUGACUGGUCUUAAUUCAGGUGGA